CUAGCCCGGGGGAUCCUGGGACUAGACUUUUCCGGAAGAACCGGCUUGGCGUCCGAGACUAGGCCCGUGUUCCAGACCCAGGUCCAGGCCCGUGUUCCAGGCCCUUGCUCGAAGAUACGCUGGUGGCCGCGGUGACGCUCCAGUGACAACGGAAGGCGCGGCGGGCAGUUCCCUGAAGUGCCCGGCCUAGCCACCGAGCAAGCCUAGGAGACGCAGUACGUGGCAGCGCCUCCCCCUUGGCCCGGAGCGCAACUGUUGAAGGAGCCGCAGCGCAGGCCAGACGAGGUGAACCGGGUCAUUUAACUGCCUUCGGGUGAUGAAUCAUCAGCCUAACAAUCAGAUUUGAGGUCCACAGUCCAUUGUGGUCCUGCUUCAGGACAGUUUUUGGUGGAUGAGUGACUGGUGUGUCCCGAGGGGUGCCGCAGUGACUGCUUGCCCUUGAUAAGGAAAGCGAGCUUGCAGGCUCUUGGACACACUUGUUACCUGUAAAACAUUCAGUUCUAACUUCUUUGUCUAGCACACCUCUCCGUGCACAAGCAAGGCUUUCACAUGAAAGUGUCUCUUGGUAACGGAGAAAUGGGCGUCUCUGCCCACUUGCAGCCUUGCAAGGCUGGAACCACAAGAUUUUUUACCAGCAAUACUCACAGUUCGGUGGUAUUGCAAGGCUUUGAUCAGCUUAGAUUAGAAGGAUUGCUUUGUGAUGUGACUCUGGUACCUGGUGAUGGAGAUGAAAUCUUCCCUGUUCACAGAGCUAUGAUGGCGUCUGCUAGUGAUUAUUUCAAGGCAAUGUUCACUGGUGGAAUGAAAGAACAAGAUUUAAUGUGCAUUAAGCUUCAUGGGGUGAACAAGGUUGGUCUGAAAAAAAUCAUUGAUUUUAUUUAUACUGCAAAGCUUUCUCUUAAUAUGGACAAUCUUCAGGACACACUUGAAGCUGCCAGCUUUUUACAAAUUUUACCUGUUUUGGACUUCUGUAAAGUAUUUCUUAUAUCUGGAGUCUCUUUAGAUAACUGCGUUGAAGUUGGACGGAUUGCUAACACCUACAAUCUUAUAGAAGUGGAUAAAUAUGUUAAUAAUUUCAUCCUGAAGAACUUUCCUGCUUUAUUGAGUACAGGGGAAUUUCUAAAACUCCCUUUUGAACGGCUUGCCUUUGUGCUUUCCAGUAAUAGUCUUAAACACUGCACUGAACUUGAACUCUUCAAGGCUGCCUGCCGCUGGCUGAGGUUGGAAGAUCCUCGAAUGGAUUAUGCUGCAAAAUUAAUGAAGAAUAUUCGAUUUCCACUAAUGACACCACAGGACCUCAUCAACUACGUGCAGACAGUAGAUUUCAUGAGAACUGACAAUACCUGUGUGAAUUUGCUUUUGGAAGCCAGCAAUUACCAAAUGAUGCCAUAUAUGCAGCCAGUGAUGCAGUCAGACAGAACUGCCAUUCGAUCUGACUCCACUCACUUGGUUACAUUAGGAGGAGUUUUGAGGCAGCAGCUGGUUGUCAGUAAAGAAUUACGAAUGUAUGAUGAAAGGGCACAGGAGUGGAGAUCUUUAGCUCCAAUGGAUGCUCCUCGUUACCAGCAUGGCAUUGCUGUCAUUGGAAACUUCCUUUAUGUAGUUGGUGGUCAGAGUAAUUAUGAUACGAAAGGAAAAACUGCUGUUGAUACAGUUUUCAGAUUUGAUCCUCGCUAUAAUAAAUGGAUGCAGGUGGCAUCAUUAAAUGAAAAGCGUACAUUCUUCCACUUGAGUGCCCUCAAAGGACUGUAUGCAGUUGGUGGGCGCAGUGCAGCUGGUGAGUUGGCCACAGUAGAAUGUUACAAUCCACGAAUGAAUGAAUGGAGCUAUGUUGCAAAAAUGAGUGAACCACACUAUGGCCAUGCUGGAACAGUAUAUGGAGGCUUAAUGUAUAUUUCAGGAGGAAUUACCCAUGACACCUUUCAAAAUGAGCUCAUGUGCUUUGACCCAGAUACAGAUAAAUGGACACAGAAGGCUCCAAUGACUACAGUCAGAGGUCUGCAUUGCAUGUGUACAGUUGGAGACAAGCUCUAUGUCAUUGGUGGCAACCAUUUCAGAGGAACAAGUGAUUAUGACGAUGUUCUAAGCUGUGAAUACUAUUCACCAACCCUUGACCAGUGGACACCAAUUGCUGCUAUGUUAAGAGGUCAAAGUGAUGUUGGAGUUGCUGUUUUUGAAAAUAAAAUCUAUGUCGUUGGUGGAUAUUCUUGGAAUAAUCGUUGUAUGGUAGAAAUUGUCCAGAAAUAUGACCCAGAAAAGGAUGAGUGGCAUAAAGUUUUUGAUCUUCCAGAGUCACUUGGUGGCAUUCGAGCUUGUACCCUCACAGUUUUUCCACCUGAAGAAAACCCUGGGUCACCUUCUAGAGAAUCGCCUCUUUCAGCACCAGCAGAUCAUUCUUAGGUCCAAGGUGUAAUACUUUUGCUGUGCAUCAUGGAUGAUGACAUACUUCCCUUUAAUUGUAUCUUCUUAUAAUGAUUGGUACAGUUAUUAGACAAAAAGGUAACAUGUUAUUUGUCUUGUUUGGCUUAGUAUGUUUUAUCAAACAAGUGCAUACUGAAAAUGUAUUAAGCAUAUCAGCUGUUACAUGAAAAAAAAAAUAGAAAAACGUUUAGAUGUCUUUUUGUGGUGUUACAUUAGUCAAAUUAUAGGUCACUGUAGUAAAUGUGUAAUUAUGUCCAUUAUGCUUCAAAGUUAAAAGUUUUCUUCUGACUGAAAAACAUCAAAGGGAAGCCACUUACUCUAAAUUAAUAUACAAGAGGUUGUCAAGUGUUAUUAGCUUCCUCUUUGCAUAGUUUUUGGCAUAUCCAUCGAUUGUUUAGGUUAUGUGGUUUGCACUCAGAAUAUGUAGUUUCUUAGGCAAACAGAAGAAGUAAUAAAAAGAUUAACCAGAAGAAAUAUCCCUAAGUCAGGAUUUGGAAUCUCUAUAGAAAAAAAAAGAGAUUAAAGGUAUACAUACAACACAGAUAAACA